AUUUCUUUGCACUCGCCGGCGUCCGUUUCGAACGCGGAUGGCACCGGCGGCGGCGAGGUAUCUGUUUCUAGCAUCGCUUCUGCCUCGCUAAUUGCCGCUAAAACCGAGUCUAGAAAUGGCUUGGCACGUCUCUCUAGCGUGGUUAGCAGCGGUGUCCUGCUUCGCGGCCACGGGUGAGCCUGUCGGACUACCGCAGUUCGUGGCGCCAACCGGUGUAGAACAAGGCGAACGUCAGUACAAAGCCGUGCUGGCUAAGAUACCCGAGUACGGCGCGUGCUGGAGUGAAGCGGUCGCACGGCUCGAACGGGGCUGUGACGAGCUCACCGAGGAGUUGCAGGGUCGGCUUGCACUGGCCUUCACAAGCUGCUUCCUGGAGAAGAUGGGCCAGCCGCCGAUUCGGUGUUCCGACUCCCAGCCGCUGUCGCGCUGCCCAGCUCUGGCCCGAUUUCUCGAAAAGCCCUUGGCCACCUCGUACACCCAGUUCUUCACCCACACGCAGGUGAUAUGCGCAUUCCUGCGCAGCCGUAAAUGGCAGGCGGAGGCGGCACGUACCAUCACCGAGCUGGGUGCGUCCAGCGUGCGCGCCACAGCCGAGCUGAGGCGUGCGGCCGAAACCCAGGCGCAGCUGGUGCGGCGGCAGCAGCAGAUGUUUGCUAACACUGAGCACCUCAGGCAGGAGCUUGUCAGCGCGCACUCGACGCUCCGCGAGCACCGGGAGAUGCUCGACACGAGCCUGCUUCGCCUGUCCUACGUGCAGGCAUUCUUUGUGGACCAGUUUGCGACGCUGCACUCGCUGGGAUACUAUGCCAUCGCGGUGGUCCUGUCCUUCCUCAUGACGGCCUCCAAGCGCACGGCUGGUGCCCGCCCCUGGCUGCUCCUGCUCUUCCUGAUUAACCUGCUGGCUGAGCGGUUGAUUGUCAAGUGGGCCUCUCUGGAUGCUAUUGACCGGGCUGCACCACUGGCGUCGGAUAGCCCCCUGGGCAUUCACAUUGGUCUGUGCCGCCGUCUCAUCUCCCUGUUGGCCCUCUGCGUAUACCUGUACCAGCUGUACACGUUCCGUGACUUGGCCACGCUCAACAAUCAGUUGCUGCUGGACCUGCAGGCCGAAAUGCGAAACCUGCGCACUUCCCACUCACCCUUGGGUAGCCCCCGGCAGGAGCAGGACCCCCGAACUGCCACCAUGUGGAGACCACCCGAGGAAAGUGCGUUCCGCUGGAUUCCGCUGAGCAGUGCCGCUGCUGCCUGCUUAUUCACGAACCACGCAGAAAGAGACUCGUCAGACUCGUCAACAGAAUCAUCAGAAUCGGAGGAGUCCGAUGCUGGCAUGUGGUCCCUCGACGAUUGGGACGACGACGAUGACGACGAUGGCAAUGACAGCAGCGAUGAGUAUGUCCGUUUCAGUGAUGACUGCAACAGUCGUGUGAGUAACAGUCCAUUUGUGGAAACGGAAACCAAGGACAGUGCUAGGUCAAAUACCGAGCGGGACUCAAACGCACAGUCGGAACGGGGGAGCCCAUCAAUGCUUGCGACCCUGGCCACAUCAUUGGCUCAGGCGACGCGACCAUGGUCAGUGGCAUCGCCCGAAUCGACUGCGGCGCCUAGCGGCGGCCGCUACAACCUCCGGCCGCGGCGGUCGCUCAAUUCGUCUAGCGACCUGCUACCGCCACCAUCCUUCGAUUCACCGAGUCGACGACAACGGGACUUGGCACUCCCCAGUCAGGCCAUCGAACGGGCCGCCAUCCUUUCGUCGGACGAAGAUUGAAUUGACAAGUUGUGACGUGCCUUGUGCUUUAAGUUGGCUUCUCUGCUGGACAGCAGUGGUGCGCGGACAAACAUUGUCAAGCCCUUCAAAGCGAGGGAUCCUGUGCUCACCUUGUGUGUUCAUAUUGUGCGGCGCGUUUUGUCUGCAGAGAAGCUGACCUAAAGAAUACGCAACUCGCCCGUGUCUAGCGUGUGUUUCAAUUUUCUGCCCGGUUCGAGAAGCGCUGUGGAUACAUUGUGGUUCGAAUUCUUCCAUACGACGAACAUUUCACUCGGACCUCAGCGCAGGAAUUUCGUUGCUUUUAUAAAUAUUGUGACAAGGGGUUGGCUCACUUAGACCAAGUUGUGGCAAUGUAGCCUCUGUCCGCACGCAUCUCAGACUAAAUCGGUACUGAAGAAACCGUCGGAGGGUGAGGGGAAGCCUACGCCGACACUCAGUUUUAACCAUUGGCACAAAAGCAAACUUCGAGGUAUAGUUUUGUAUCCACAUCAUCUUAUAUAACUGAAUGCGGUCAGGGAACUUGACAUUCUGAGUAUGGACUAGUUUAUUUGAAAAGCGGAACGAUUUUUAGUUGUUGACGCAGCCUGUCUUAGACAAAACAGCUAUGAAGACCAAUAAUCAGUUCCAGAAAAUUACUACAACAUUAUGUACAACGUGUCUUAUGACGCGACGAAUGCUGCACACGUUUGCGUAAAAUAUUAGUCACGUGCAUCCUUUACUGUGGUGAAGCCGAACCGGGUGCUAGCAAAAGCUUUGAACCAAUGCAAGAGUGCGUUGCUGUGAAGCCGCACUACAAGGCAACCUUAUCGUACGAUAUUUGCUCCUACUUUGCAAAUGUCUAGUUUUUGGUGAGGGCAAUGCACACGAAAAGAGAACAUGUCCUCGCGUUUACAGAGAUCUUGCGCGAAAAGAGUGUCUGCUUGUGAGGAACUACCGUUGUAGUCGUAACGGGCACCUGUCUUCCGCGCGUAAAGAACAAGCUUGUCUUUUUCUUUCUUUUCAUUUUUGUCUGUUCGAGCAAGUUCUGGGCGCUGUCUGAUAGCUGCACCUUUCAGUAUGUGUGAGGAAACUUUCCUUUGCGGCUGUCCGAACCUUCGUGUGACUUGCAUACGUGAUUUUUUAUUGCAUUCCUGUUUUACUUCGUGACGACUAUAUUUUAUUUGUCGAACGUAGGUGCAGCUUAGCUUUUCGCAUUCUCGUCGUAGAGAAUGGGAAAGCGAGGAAUGACGAUUUUCAAAGCGCCGUCUGUUUCUUUCACCCGUACGCCACUUUUUGUGAUGUGCCUAUAAUCGUACUUUUCUGAAUCUUUGAACAACCACGUUUUGCAGCGAUAGACCGUGUUCUUUUGAGUUCUCCGCUGCGCCAGAGGCGGACUUUGUUGUGCGAAAUAAAGUGAUCUAUUGUUUUUCUCA